AUGAAGGAAGCUCUUGUUCUCGUUGACAUCCAAAACGACUAUUUCCCUGGUGGCAAGCUCCGUACUUGGCAGCCCGAAGAGACAGCAGAACAAUGUAGAAUCGUACUCGACAAGUUCAGAGAAGAUGGCAAAGAAGUUGUCCAUGUGGUUCAUCAUAUGUUGCCUGAACAUCUUGCUAUAUCCAAUUUUUUUAUACCUGGCACACCUGGUACUGAAAUCCAUGAAAGUGUCAAGCCUUUGCCCGAAGAAAAGGUCAUUAUCAAACACUACUCAAAUGGUUUCUGGCAAUCAGAUCUCAAGGAUUACCUCAAGAGCAAGGGCAUUGAAAAGAUUGUUGUGGUUGGUAUGAUGAUUCACAACUGUGUUCCCGCUACUGUCUUUGCUGGUAAGGAUGAAGGCUUUGAAGUAGUCGUUGUUGAUGAAGCUGUCAACACCUUGGACCAACCCCUUCAUGGUGAAAUGAUUAAGGCUGAAGAUAUCAAGAAGGCUUAUUUGGCAGGUAUUCAAUUCUAUUAUGCCAAGGUCAAGAAGGUGCAAGACAUUUUAGACAACAAUUACUAG